GAGAGCUCCUGCGGCUGGCCGCUGGGCCUUCGGUUCCACAACAACUCCGGCAACCUGUACAUCGCGGACGCAUACAUGGGGCUGAUGCGCGUCGGGCCGAACGGUGGGUCGACGGUGCUUGCAACUGAGGCCGGCGGUGCACCGCUACGCUUCACGAAUGGAGUGGAUGUUGACCAGGUCACCGGUGACGUCUACUUCACCGACAGUAGCACAACGUACACGCGGGCACAGCAUCAGAUGGUCACCGCAUCGGAAGACUCGACGGGGCGCAUCAUGAGAUACAACAGACGUACAAAUAAGGUCACCGUUUCCCGUAGUGGCGUGACAUAUCCCAAUGGCAUUGCCAUCAGCGCUGACAGGAGCCAUCUUAUCGUCGCUCUCACGGGACCAUGCAAGCUAAUGAGGUACUGGAUCCGAGGGCCUAAGGCCGGUACAUCUGGGCUAUUUACCGACCUACCGGGAUACCCGGACAAUGUGAGGCCCGACGGGAAGGGUGGGUACUGGGUUGCGCUGCAUAGGGAGAAGUAUGAGCUCCCGUUUGGAAAGGACAGCCACUUGGUCGCUAUUAGGAUCGGCUCUGAAGGUGAGAAGUUGCAAGAAAUGAGGGGUCCCAAGGAUGUCCGUCCAACAGAGGUGGUCGAACGAGAGGACGGCAAAAUAUAUCUUGGGUCUGUAGAGUUGUCUUAUGUAAGCAUGGUCAAGAGUAGCUAG